AUGAAUUCUUAUGGUUCUUUACCAGAAUAUAAACUGAAAGCUCAUAUACCCAACUUUCAUGGUGGUUUACAAAUAGAAGAAUUAUUGGAUUGGUUUUAUGAAGUAGAGUCGUUUUUCAACUUCAUAGAUGUACCUGAUUCUUCUAAGGUUAAAUUGGUUACAUAUAAACUAAAAGGUGGAGAUGCAGCUUGGUGGGAUAAACUCUGUGAUGAUCGACGUAAACUAUCACAAACCUCACUUACACAAGGUGCUAGACUUGUUGAAGAGUACAUAGCUGAAUUGUAUAGUUUAGUUGCACGUAACCAGUUGAAUGAAUCUAAAGAACAAUGGGUAGCACGUUUUAUAGAGGGUUUAAAUAGGCUUAUACAACAAGGGAUGACUCAAUCCGUAUAUACAAUGGUUGAAUCCAUUCAAAAAUCUAUUAAGAUUGAGAGACGUGUACUCCACAUUUCUAGACAAGCAUCUCCUCGACAGGUUCGUUAUCAACAUUGUUAUAAAGUUGCAAAACCGUAUACUUAUCAUUAUGGUAACCAAAGUGAAAGGGGAUCAAUAGUCGUUGUUGAUCCACACGAACGAAAUUAUGGUCAACCUAUUCUACAACCUCAAACAACCAAUUUUACUUCCAGUCAGUCACCUCUUCCUGCAGACACUGCACCUUUGAUGAGUAUUCCAUCUGUUAAACCUUCACAGGUUACACAACGACGAGAUGUUGCUCCAACUACUAGAGGUAAUAAGUAUGAAAAACAAUUUCCUCCUUUAAGUAAAUCUCCUAAUCCUUAUUCAAAGUUUCAAGGAGAUAUAUGUAACAAGUGCAACCAAACUGGCCAUACUUCUAGUGAUUUUCGCAAGUUUCAUGCUUACAUUAAUGAAACUCAAGAAGAAACACAAGUAGAGGAUGCACUGGAAGAAGAUGAACUUACUUAUCUACAGGAACAUGAGACUUAUGAUGCAGAUUUUCUUGGAGUAAUUCGACCAAUAUUAAUCUUUGAACCAUGUCUUACACAAAGACAUAAUAUUUUCAAGUCUCAUUGUCUCAUUGAAGAGCAGCUUUGUAGCAUGAUCAUUGACAGUGGGAGUACAGAAAAUUACGUUUCUGCAAAAUUAGUUGAGAACUUGGUUUACCUAUAUGAAGAUUCUGCUUUAUGUGAUGUUAUUAACAUGAAUGCAGCAAGCUUACUGUUGGGAAAACCAUUGCAGUAUGACAUUCGUGCUGUUCAUAAUUGCUAUGAGAAUACUUAUACCUUUGUUCAUGAAGGUUUUACUAAAGUUUUGUGGCCUCUAAAAUCUUCUAUAUCAGUCAACGAACCAGCAGACAAGAAGACAACUGCAUUAGUUGCUACCGUUGUUCAUUCUUUAAAACAAACUCAUUCUCUGAGAUCACAUGAAUUUAUUAAACCUAUGGUGGAUAUUCCUGACAAGGAAGAACAUCUUUCACAUUUAUCUCAAGUUUUUAAGGCACUCCAUGACAAUUUUUUGUAUGUGAACUUAAAGAAGUGCGCCUUCUUUACAAACAGAGUCACUUUCUUGGGUUAUAUUGUGUCAGAUACUGGUAUUUCUGUGGAUGAUGCUAAGAUUAAAGAAAUUAUUGAUUGGCCUAUACCAACAUCCAUACGUGAAAAUGAAGAUACAGAUAAAAGUUUUAAUUUGCUCAAAGAAAAGUUAUGUAGCGCUCCAGUUCAUGCCAUGCCAAAUUUUGAUAAACCUUUUGAGAUACACUGUGAUGCUUCUAUUGUUGGCAUAAAUGUUGUAUUAUCUCAAGAUGCUCAUCCAAUUGCUUACUAUAGUAAAAAGAAUUCAGAUACAAGGAAGAAGUUUUCUACUUAUGAGUUAGAAUUAAUUUCACUUGUUCAUGCUCUUAAGAACUGGCAUCCUUAUCUCAUUCACAACGAGUUUAUAGUCAAUACUGACAAUCGGGCUCUUAAAUUUUUGAAAACUUCAGCAAAAGUCAAUCGAAUACAUGAUAGAUGGUUAUCUACCAUUAACCAAUAUACAUUUUCUAUUAAACAUCAGAGUGGGAAACUUAAUCAGGUAGCUGAUGCUUUGAGUAGAAGAGCUCAUCUUCUUGUCACUCUCAAACAUGAGAGUUUAGAUUUUGAUUUUUUAAAAGACAUUUAUAGUGAAGACAAAGAUUUUCAGAAUCUCUGGGAAAAUGGUCUUGGAGGACAUUUUGUGCGUGCUAAAACCAUUGCUUUAGUUGAAGAACGUUAA